CGGGCAACCGAGACAGCGCCAGAGCGAGCCUAGAGAGGCCACGCCGGGCGGGAGGGGAACCGAGGCUUCGGUUCCGCGGAGAGGCAAGAUGGCUACAGCUGGGGGUGGCUUUGUGGCUGGCCUGGAAAGUCGGGUUCUUCUUCGCCUUCUGUCUUUCUGCGUCCUUCUGGCAGAUUUGUGUGGGGGAAACUCAGUGGAGAGGAAGAUCUACAUCCCCUUAAAUAGAACAGCUCCCUGUGUCCGUCUGCUCAAUGCCACUCAUCAGAUUGGCUGCCAUUCUUCCAUUAGUGGGGACACAGGGGUUAUUCAUGUAGUGGAGAAAGAAGAGGACCUGCAAUGGGUGUUGAUUGAUGGCCCCAACCCCCCUUAUGUGGUUCUGCUGGAGGGCACGCUCUUUACCAGGAAGGUGAUGGAGAAGCUGAAGGGUAGCACUGGUCGAAUUGCUGGUCUUGCAGUGUCCUUGGCCAAACCCAGCCCUGCCUCAGGCUUCUCUCCUAGUGUGCAGUGUCCCAAUGAUGGGUUUGGUGUGUACUCCAACUCCUAUGGGCCAGAGUUUGCGCACUGCAGGGAAAUACAGUGGAACUACCUGGGUGAUGGCUUGGCUUAUGAAGACUUUAGUUUUCCCAUCUUUCUUCUUGAAGAUGAAAAUGAAACCAAUGUCAUCAAACAGUGCUAUCGAGAUCACAACCUGAGUCAGAAUGGUUCAGCACCAGCCUUCCCACUGUGCGCCAUGCAGCUCUUCUCACACAUGCAUGCUGUCAUCAGCACUGUCACCUGCAUGAGACGCAGCUCUAUCCAGAGCACCUUUAGCAUCAACCCAGAAAUUGUUUGUGAUCCCCUGUCUGACUACAACGUAUGGAGCAUGCUUAAGCCUAUAAAUACAUCUGGGACAUUAGAACCGGAUGAGAAGGUUGUGGUUGCUGCCACCCAGCUGGACAGUCGUUCCUUUUUCUGGAAUGUGGCCCCAGGGGCUGAGAGUGCUGUUGCCUCCUUCGUCACCCAGCUGGCUGCAGCUGAAGCUUUGCACAAGGCUCCCGAUGUGACGACCCUACCCCACAACGUCAUGUUUGUCUUCUUCCAAGGGGAAACUUUUGACUACAUUGGCAGCUCAAGAAUGGUCUAUGAUAUGGAGAAGGGCAAGUUUCCUGUGCAGUUAGAAAACAUUGACUCAUUUGUGGAGCUGAGACAGGUGGCCUUAAGAAAUUCCCUAGAGCUUUGGAUGCACACAGAUCCUGUGUCUCAGAAAAAUGAGUCAGUAUGGAACAAGGUGGAGCAUCUCCGGACCACAUUGGAGAAGAGUGGUGCUGGUGUACCUGCUGUUGUCCUCAGGAGGGUGAACCAGUCCCAGCCUCUCCCACCAUCUUCUCUGCAGCGAUUUCUUCGAGCUCGAAACAUCUCUGGUGUUGUUCUUGCUGACCACGCUACUAGCUUCCAUAACCGCUAUUACCAGAGCAUUUAUGACACUGCUGAGAACAUUAAUGUGAGCUACCCUGAAUGGCAGAGCCCUGAAGAGGACUUGAACUUUGUGACAGACACUGCCAAGGCUCUUGCAGAUGUGGCCACGGUGCUGGGACGUGCACUGUACCAGCUUGCAGGAGGAACCAACUACAGUGACACUAUUCUGGCUGAUCCCCAAACAGUCACCCGCCUGCUCUAUGGCUUCCUGGUUAGAGCCAACAACUCAUGGUUCCAGUCUAUCCUCAGGCAGGACCUGAGGUCCUACUUGGGUGACGGGCCUCUUCAGCAUUACAUCGCUGUCUCCAGCCCCACCAACGCCACUUAUGUUGUACAGUGUGCCUUGGCAAAUUUAACCGGCAAGGUGACUGACCUUACCCGAGAGCAGUGCCAGGAUCCAAGUAAAGUCCCCAAUGAAAACAAGGAUCUGUAUGAGUACACCUGGGUUCAGGGCCCUCUAAAUUCCAACGAGACGGACCGGCUCCCCCGGUGUGUGCGUUCCACGGCACGACUGGCCAGGGCCUUGUCCCCUGCCUUUGAACUUGGGCAGUGGGGCUCUACUGAGUAUUCUACAUGGACUGAGAGCCGCUGGAAAGACAUCCGUGCCCGGAUAUUUCUGAUAGCCAGCAAAGAGCUUGAGUUCAUCACCCUGACGGUGGGGUUUGGCGUCCUCGUCUUCUCUCUCAUCAUCACCUACUGCAUCAAUGCCAAAGCCGAUGUCCUUUUCAUUGCUCCUCGGGAGCCGGGUGCUGUGUCUUUCUGAGGAGAACCCCAGCUUUUCCUGCAGCUCUGUGGUUCAUUCCCUAGAUCAUUUGUCCCACUAGGACAGAAACCACUAGUUUGUCACUGGAACCUUUCUGGUCCUGGCUCAGACUGGGAUUAACAUAAAGAAGAGGAACUGCCCAACAGAGACAGUGAGAGAUAAACAAGUCUCCUUCCCUCCCAGCUCCCCCUUCCAGUCUCCCCUUUCCCAUUUCUUCUUUCUCCCCUCUGCCAGAUUCUAGGAUAACAAACAGAAGCUUCUAGCUCCUGUUUAACUCCUAGCCACCCACCAUAACUUACCCUUCCUCAUACUUCCUCUACUACUCUUUCCAUCCUGCCCCAUACCUUCCUCUACUCCCCACUUCACCUCCUGUACCCAUCCACCUUCCUGACCAGGAAGAAUGACAUGAAGGGUUGAAUGCCAGGAACCAACUACAAGGAACCCUGAGGAGGAGGAGGAUGGGGCAGUCUGGGAGCCAAGCCUGCUGUCUCCCUCCUGCCUUCCUGUCUCCACGCCUUUAGAUGGCACAUCAGGAUGGGCAUGCUGCUGGGUGGGUAUCCCACCUCCAGCCCACAGUGCUGAGUUGUCAUUUGUAAUAAGCUGUAAUAUCUAUUUUUGUUGUUUUCCUUUUUUUGUUUGUUUGUGUAUAAAUAUAUAAAUAAUGGGUUUCAUUAAAAUAGAUUAUCCCACAUGA